AUGUUUGGCGAGUCAAGAACAGAGCUGGUGGCCUGGAUUAACCAGGUUUUUGGCCUGGAGUAUAGCAAAGUUGAGCAGUGCGGGACUGGCGCGGUGUACUGCUUGAUCUUUGACUCCAUCUACCAGGACCUUCCCAUGAACAAGGUGAAUUUCAACCCCACCACGGAAUACCACAACGUCAACAAUUUCAAAAUAUUGCAGGCUGGAUUUACGAGACAUCAUAUCUCGCGUGCAAUCCCCGUGGAUCGUUUGGUGAAGUGCCGCCUUCAGGAUAACCUCGAGUUCUUGCAAUGGAUGAAGAAGUUUUGGACAGAGAACAAGGACGAAUCUCCUUACGACCCUGUUGCGAGACGCAACGAGUCUGUGACACGGUCCAGCAGUACGAUGCCGUCUUUACGUGUUCUGAGUGGAUCGCGGAGAUCAAGUCUGGCCAAUGGACCUUCCUCUUCAAUGGCGGCCCCUGCGGCUGCCACCCCAAAUGGUGGACAUCUGUCGGUCCUAAAACCCCGAAAUCCAAGCUUGAGCAAUGCUAAUGCUGGGCAAAGAAUAGUGAGCUCGUCAACUCUCCAAAAGGAAGUUGUUAGUCUACGGAACCAGCUGGGAAGUACAAAUGACGAACUUGAGAACGCCAAGGACGGCAUUUUCAAGCUCGAAAAGGAAAGAGACUUCUACUUCGAGAAACUCAGAAAUAUCGAGAUCAUCUGCCAGAGCAUCACCGAAGAAAACGAGGAUAGCUCCAGAUACACGGUGGACUCACUAGUCAAAGAGUUCCAAGAGAUCUUAUAUUCCACUGAAGAAGGCUUCGACAUCCCUUCUGCGGAGCCCGAGCUUCCUGAGGUAAAAAUGACUGACGAAGAAUGUUUUUAA